AUGUUCCGCGGACUAGCCCGGGCUGCGGCCCAGAGGCACAGGGUCCCCUGGGCACGGGGAUCUGGGGGCCGGGCAGGCAUCCCGGCCCACGUGGUGGACCUACGCAGCGACACGGUGACCAGGCCCGGGCCGGCCAUGAGGCGCGCCAUGGCCGAGGCGGACGUGGGGGACGACGACUACGGCGAGGACCCCACCGUCCGCGAGCUGCAGGAAAAGGCUGCGGAGCUGCUCGGGGUGGGACAGACCCUGUUUGUGCCUACCAACACCAUGGCCAACCUCAUCUCAGUAAUGGGUCACUGCCGUCGCCACGGCUCCCAGCUCCUCCUUGGGCAGGAGUGCCAUCUCCAUGUGUAUGAGCAGGGCGGGACGGCCCAGGUGGCAGGAGUACACUCCCACCCCCUCCCAGACCUGCCCCACGGCACCCUGGACCUGGCAGAGCUAGAGAAGGUGCUCAGACGGAGCCAGGGGAGCUCCUACCACCCUGUCUGUGAGCUCAUUUGCUUGGAGAACACGCACAGCAGCUCUGGGGGCCGGGUCCUCCCCCUCGACUACCUAGGCCAGGUGCGGCUCCUAGCCCGGAACUACGGAGUCCGCGUCCACCUGGACGGAGCCCGGUUAAUGAACGCGGCAGUGGCCCUAGGCGUGCCCCCCUCUAGCAUCGUGCAGUAUUGUGACUCUGUUUCCCUCUGUUUCUCCAAGGGUCUGGGGGCACCAGUGGGUGCCCUAGUUGGAGGCCCCAAGGACUUCAUAGAAGAAGCCUGGCGUCUUCGGAAAGCUCUGGGCGGAGGCAUGCGCCAGGCGGGGGUGCUGGCUGCUGCCGCUCUGGUGGGUCUGACGGACGCAGAGGAAAGGCUGGGCCAGGACCACCGCAAUGCUCAGAGAUUUGCCAAAGGACUCCGGGAGCUGGCCUCUCCUUUCUGCUCAGUGGAUCCCAGCACAGUGGAAACCAACAUGGUAAUGGUGCGGGUGGCCGGGCUGCGGCCGGAGGAGCUGUGUCGGCGAUUGCAGGCCGUGAGCGCAGAAGAGGAGGCGCAGCUGGGCCGGGGAGUGCGCGUGUUGUUGUUUCCCUGGACCGAGUACUCCGUGCGCGCAGUGUGGCACCGUGAUGUCUCCGCGCAGGACACUGAGUUAGCGUUGAGGAAGUGGGAGUUGGUGCUGAAACAACUGGGCCGCCCCUGA